CUGGAGAAAUCCCCGCGCCAGCAGCUGCAAGGACCAGGAAGAUCCCAGGAAGGAAAAUGUGCUGGAGACCCCUGUGCCAGUUUCUGUGGCUUUGGUCCUAUCUGUCCUAUGUUCAAGCUGUGCCUAUCCAGAAAGUCCAGGAUGACACCAAAACCCUCAUCAAGACCAUUGUCACCAGGAUCAAUGACAUUUCCCACACGCAGUCGGUAUCUGCCAAGCAGAGGGUCACUGGUUUGGACUUCAUUCCUGGGCUCCACCCCAUUCUGAGUUUGUCCAAGAUGGACCAGACUCUCGCAGUCUACCAGCAGAUCCUCACCAGUCUGCCUUCCCGAAACGUGGUGCAGAUAUCCAAUGACCUCGAGAAUCUCCGAGACCUCCUCCAUCUGCUGGCCUCCUCCAAGAGCUGCUCCCUGCCUCGGACCAGUGAUGUGCAGAAGCUAGAGAGCCUGGACGGCGUCCUGGAAGCUUCACUCUACUCGACAGAGGUGGUGGCUCUGAGCAGGCUGCAGGGCUCUCUGCAGGACAUUCUGCGACAGUUGGACCUUAGCCCUGAAUGCUGAGGUUUCAAGGACCAUGCUGAGGGAAGAAACCUUGGCUUCCAGGUAUCUCGGGGAGAAGACAGCCAUGGGUACACACCCUCAUCCAUGUGUGCACAUCCCACAUCCGGGACUCUGUCCAUCUCUCCCACUCCUCUAGGCCACCCUUCCAAAGGCAUGACUCCACAACGCUUGACUAGAGAUACACACACGAUUCCAUGAGCACUAGGAGGGGCCAGUCUGCAGAGGUGACUCUCAGUCAGUUCUUCAGCAAGCAUAGAUAAGAACCGUCCCGCUCCCUCCCUGUACCUGCUUCACUGUGGCCCAGGGGACCAGAGGAAGGGGUGGGUCGAGCCUUUGGAUUGUCUCAGAGUGUCUGGGGAGCACCAUGAAGGCUGCAUCCACACACAGCUGGAAACUCCCAAGCAGCACAUGUUGGAAGCACUUAUUUAUUUAUUCUGCAUUUUUCUUUGGAUGGAUUUGAAGCAAAGCGUUGGCUUUUUCAGGUUUUGGGGGUCAGUCAGGGCUAGGGAGGCUCCUGGGGUGCUGUUUUCAACCCCAUUGGUGGGUCUGCCUGAGGCAAACCUAUUUUGAGAGACUGGAAGGUUGGGUUUUCCUGAACAAGAGCCAGCUGACGUAGCUCUCAAGUCUGUCCUCUGGUGACUGGUUUUGUUUCUAUUGUGACUGACUUUAUGCAAAUACUUUUGCAGUGGCAUUGCCUGGAGCAUAGGCUAGGUUAUUAUCAAAAGGAGAUGAAUUUUGUCAAGUGUAAUAUGUAUCUAUGUGCACCUGGGGGUAGAGGAUGUGUUAGAGGGAGAGAGAAAGACUCAGAAUGUGUUUUCUGAAUAAUGUAUACGUGGUAGCCUUUUCUGACAGGGUGAGGCAAUUGCUUCACCUUCUGCAACCACCUAGUAUGGGUUUUGUGGAAAGAACGGUUUAGAGCACACCAGGCACCCUUGGAGGUGCUUAAGCCACAGACCAUUUUAUUGGCAUAUCGCUGAGCUCAGGGAGUGAGGGUCCCACAGUCGAGACAGUGAUCCCCAAGAAAAGGGUCCCUGGUGUGGCCCUCCAAGUUGUCCGGGGUUGAUCCCACAAUGGGUUUCUUAACGGGGCAGUAACCCCGGUAGGUGUCUGCCUGCUACUAAGCAGUUCUCAUCUGAUUGGCUCUUCCGAAGUAAAGCCAUGUUUCCCACCCAUUCUGCGGGGAGUUUUGGUCCAGUGGGAAUGAGAAAUCAUUCAGCUGAUGGUCCUGAGGCCUGGGCCAGCACUGCCGAGGAAGUGCCAGGGCCCCAGGCCAGGCUGCCAGAAUUGCCCUUCGGGCUGGAGGUCACGUUCCGGAGGAUGAACAAAGGGGCUUGGGUUUUUCCACCACCCUGCACCCUUAUGUCGCCAGCACUCUGUGUGUGGCGGAUCAAUGUAGGAAAACUUGAUCAAAAGCAAUUCACUUUAAGACUGAGCGCUACUCCAUGCUCAGCCCUGACUGGUGCUGUGGGCUUGAGAAGCUCACCAAAUAAACACAAAAAAUCAGGGGCUCACGUCCCUGCGGUAAAACCCUACUCACCGGUGUGCCAGGGUGGAUACUGUACCAGGGCAACACCACACAGCUGUCUUCAAUGGGUGGAAACAGCCUGAGCUGAGGGUGACAGUGCUCAGGGUGACCCCGCUUGCACUCUACAGCAUCUGCAUACUUUUCGGGGCACGGUAGCAUCCGCUGCUGUUGUCACACAUCCGUUGACACAGGGUGACUGGGAUCGUAAAGAGAAGAAAAUACAGGUUGAGGAGCUCUUAUCCAAAAUGCUUGGAACUAGGAAGUUUUGGACUUUAGAGUCUUUUCACGCUUAGGUAUCUCUGAGGACAUAUAAUGCGAUAUCUUGGGGGUGAGACCCCAGUAUAAAAUGAAGUUCAUUUAUAUUUCAUAAUAUCAUAUAUACACAGCUUGAAGGUGAUUUUAUACGAAGGUUUUUUUUAAAAUAACAUUAGGUGCAUGAAACAAGAUUUCACAGUGUGGAAUUUCCUACUAGUGGCAUCUUGUCAUUACUCAAAAACAUUGGGUUCGGAAGCAUUUUGGAUCUUGGAUUUUCUGUGAAGAGUUAUUUAAACUGUAAUGUCAGACAGGUGACAGGACCAGACUAGAGACCAGUUCCUCAGCCCUGAAGGGUGUUCCUCCAGCCAGGGAAUACACUCUGGAGGUGAACUGGACCCAGAUUUGGGGUGCUGGCUAGAAGAGAGGAAUCUGAGGCAGGUUCUGAAGGAGGUGAGGGAUGUGGUUUCCUGCUAGAAGGAGGUCGUUUUACUGGACGUCGGUACGUGGAGGGUGGAGGUGUGAAUGGGAGGGAGGUGAAGGGAAGACAGACAAGGAAGAACGGGAGAGAAAGGAAAAGGCUGGAAGGAAUUUAUGGGCCACAAAAGUGGGUAUUGAAAGAGUCCCAAGUGCCACGGUCUGGAGCAGGGGCGUGUGGCGGCUGGUGUCCCACUGCUCUGGGGUCCAUGGUAUGUCUGUCACCUUGGCUGAAAUGGUCUGAGCCUUUGCUCAGAAAACCCGGCACUACGGCUCAUUCCCAGAUUGUGAA